AGUCGAGAGAUUUUCAAAGGCACCAAUUCACAUGUGAAGUUGUGCUCGCUACUAAAUCUUCUGAUCAAGGUUGAACAUUGAAGGUGAAGAUCGACCAAUGGCCGAAAUGAAAAGGGGUGAAGAUGUUACGAGCGUUGAUGUAUUUACUGCAAAAGGUCUGCUCAGCACCGGUCACCUGUAUCUGGAUGUCAGGACGAAUGAGGAGUUCAACACGAGCCACGUUGAAAAUGCCUUCAAUGUUCCUUACAUGUUCAAGACCCAAGAAGGUAAAGUGAAAAAUCCUGAAUUUCUAACCCAUAUUUCCUCAAUACUCAAGAAACAGGAUCACUUAGUCGUGGGUUGCAACAGCGGAGGCAGAUCACUUAAAGCUUGUGUAGAUCUUCUUAAUGCAGGUUUCGAGCAUGUCACUAACAUGGAAGGGGGCUACUCUUCAUGGGUGGACAGUGGACUUGCUGCUGACAAAGACAAACGAUCUGGUGAAUUAAAAGUCGCUUGCAAGUUCCGCCCUUGAAAUUAUUAUGUAAUGUAUGUCAUGCACCUCCAUAUGGCGUUAAAUUUAUUCUGUGGGAAUUAGCUAAUCGAGUAUUCCAGCAAGUAUAGGUUGGUGGUGUGCUUUAAAUUUGAUAAAGAAACAAUCGAGCAUUCCAAAUAACAGAGCAAUCGUAAUUGGAUGAUUUUUA